UUCACUAUUAUUUUCGAUAGACGCAGAGAAAGAAAGAAGAGAGAAAGAGAAAGAGCCAAAGAGGGGUGUCUCUUGGUCAGUCAGUGUACUAUGCUAUACCCUCGCUGGCAUGGGCCAGUGUCAGUAUAGAGUCUUCGCCAGCGACCAGAAAAACUACCAUGAAUGAACUGUAAGAGCCACUUAUGGAAAUGGGUUCGGGUUCUUUUACCGAGUCAGGUGAUUCUAGCCCCUCUUCUCCACCCGUUGAGUGCAUAAAUGGGUUAAAAUUUGGAAAAAAGAUCUAUUUUGAGAAUGCAGGAACUGGGGCUGGGGCUCCGGUUAAGUCUACAACCGGGUCUUCUUCAUCUGGUUCUGGAGCCUCGGCCAGGAAAGUUCAUGGUGGCCAGCAGCAACCACCUAGGUGCCAAGUUGAAGGGUGUAAAGUGGAUCUGAGUGAUGCUAAGGCUUAUUAUUCUAGGCAUAAAGUUUGUGGCAUGCACUCCAAGUCUCCUAAGGUCAUUGUUGCUGGUUUAGAGCAAAGGUUUUGCCAGCAGUGCAGUAGAUUUCAUCAACUUCCUGAAUUUGACCAAGGAAAACGAAGUUGCCGCAGACGCCUAGCUGGCCAUAAUGAGCGGCGGAGGAAACCGCCACCUGGAUCAGUGUUGUCUUCUCGCUAUAACCGUCUCUCUUCAACACUUUAUGAUAGCAGCAACAGAGGUGGAGGCUUUCUUGUGGACUUCAGUGCUUACUCAAGGCUUAGUGGAAGGGAUGCAUGGCCAACUGGAAGAUCAUCAGAGCGUUCGCCUGUAAAUCAAACUGCAUCGACAGGAAGGUCUAUUCCUCAUCCAUGGCAGAAUAGUUCUCAGAAUCCUCCAUCCAAUCUCUAUCUACAAGGAUCAGCAGCUUGUGGAGCUGGUUUUUCCAGUUCUGGAAUUCCUUCGGGAGAAUGCUUCACAGGAGUUGGCAUUGCUGACUCAAGCUGUGCUCUCUCUCUUCUGUCAAAUCAACCAUGGGGCUCAAGAAAUCAAGAACCAGGACUUGGUGUGAAUACCCAAGGAGCACCCAUGGCUCAAUCAACAGCUCCUCAUGGUGCAGCUGUGAAUCAAUAUUCGAACCCGUCUUGGGGUUUCAAGGGCAGUGAAGCUAGUAGCAGUUCGCACGAGAUGUGCCCUGAUCUUGGUCUGGGUCAAAUUUCACAGCCUUUGAACAGUCAUUUCUCAGGUGAGCUUGAGCUGUCUCAACAGAAUAGGAGGCAGUAUAUGGAACUUGACCACUCCAGGGCAUUUGACUCUUCUACUCAUCACAUACACUGGUCGCUCUAAGCGGCCCACUAUGUGGAAUCUAAACUUUGCGCAGGUGACCUUAUGCGUGUAUUUUUAUGUUGGGGCAUAAACCUUAUCUACUUUUUUUGGCACUUGGUGUUUAUUUGCAUAAAAUUGCAAGACUGUUGCUAAUGUGCACCUAUGUCUCUUAAAAUCUUAAUAACAGUGGCAAUGGCUCUGGUACAUUGGGCUUAUUAAGAUCGACUUUACCUGUGAACUGGAAUAUUAAUAUUAUUAUUGUUGUUAUUAUUAUGACUGAAACAAGGAGAUAUGUUUGACUGAUUA